AUGCUCGGCGCCGCAACCCCAACACUGGCCGUGAAUGUCUCCACGGCUGGAGGACUAGGAUUCAUCGCUGGAGGAACCAAGAUUGACGCCCUCGAAGAUUCCCUACAACAAGUUGCCCAGCUCUCACGUGAAACAACAACCACUCAGAUACAGCAGGCUCCACAAGAUGUUGUCAUCCCAAUUGGCGUCGGCUUCCAGCUUUGGAGUUGUAAGUUGAAUUUGGCAACGACUGUGUUCAAAAAGUAUGUACCUGCUGUCGCAUGGUUAUAUGCCCCUACAAAGCAGUCGGAGCUGGCUGACUGGGCGAAUGGCAUCCGCGAGAUCACCCAAGGCAAGACGCAUAUCUGGGUACAAGUCGGAAGUGUCGAUGAGGCUCGAUCAGCAGUUAGCCUUGCAAAACCGGACGUACUUGUCAUUCAAGGCAGUGAUGCAGGAGGCCAUGGUCUGUCACAGUCGGCGAGCAUUAUAUCGCUCGUACCUGAGGUGAUGGACAUGCUCGCCGCGAUUGGUCAAUCCGAUCUUCCGGUCCUCGCUGCGGGAGGCAUUUCAGAUGGUCGUGGAGUUGCGGGAGCAUUAGCAUUGGGUGCGUCUGGAGUCGUUAUGGGAACGAGAUUUUUAGCUGCACAGGAAGCUGGGAUUUCGCGGGGCUGGCAGCAGGAGGUCGUUCGCUUGAGUGAUGGUGGUCAGACAACCAUUCGGUCUACCCUCUGCGAUAGACUCAAGGAGACAAAGGGCUGGCCUGCCUGCUACGAUGGAAGGGCAGCAAUCAACAAAGGUCACGAAGAUGAAGUGAAAGGUAUGUCCGACGAUGAGAAUGUUGCGCUGUACAAGAAAGAAUCAGCAGAGGGUGAAUCUGCUUGGGGACCUAAUGGUAGGAUGGUUACGUAUGCCGGCACUGGGGUAGGUCUAGUAAGAGGCACUAAACCUGCGGCUGCUAUUGUCGACGAGGUUCAAGAAGAGGCGAGAGCAUGCUUAAUACGUUCUGGAAUGUCGGCUGGCCACGAGAAUGGUCGAUCAAAGAUGUGA